GAAUAUUCUCCCAUCUUUCCAUGGCGAAUUGAAAUGCGAUUCCCUCCUCCCUGGGUUCUACACAACAGAUCUGGCUUGACUCAUCUCUUUCUGGGAAGGAGGCAGAGAUAUUCAACGUGGAAGCAUCCCUCUCUGUGUGUCUGUGUGCUUGCUCGGCGCAUCUUGACUCCUGCCGCAGUUGGCUGGCAGAGAGGCCACCGGGGUCGUGACGUCACCGCAACUGCUGCGAACCAAUUUUUCCCCCAGGGAUGGUUGCCGGCCCGUGGGAGGGGCGCGCUCUGCGAUGAUAGGCGAGCCGGCAGAGUGGGAGACGCUCGGGCAGAGCCGGAGCACUCUAAAACCACUUAGCCAGACGGGGCCGGGCAUGCUCGCAGUGCCCAAGUACGACCGUUUUUGGAACGACGCCACGACGCCCUCGGAGACGGCAGCCAUGAGCAGCAAGGCCGCGGCGGUGGUGGCAUCCGCCCCGGGGUCCGACCCCAUGACCUCUCCUCCGGGCGAGGAGCAGGAGGCCGGGACCACCUUCUGCACCUUGAUCCCCAAGAUGCCCCAAUGGAAGUUUGCUGGACCCUCGGGCUUCCUAAGUCGCAGCCCUUCCAGCGCCAACAAGGAGCUUUCGGCUUCUGGGAAGACCGGGUCGGGGUCGGGCCUGGCCGCGGUGCUCAGCGCCUGUGAACCGGUCUGCACCACGCCCUGCAGCCUCCCCGUGAUGAGCCGUCUUAGAGGAGGCUCCGGUGGUGGGAGAAAAGCCCCGCGGGCCGAGGGCCACAAGCCGGCCAGCGACGAGUGGAGCCGCAAAGGGAGCUUCAUCAGCAAGCCAGUGCAAGGGUGGCUCCAUCCAGAUGAGAGGGUUCUCAGUCCAGGUGUCUCAUACGUCGUUCGGUACAUGGGAUGCAUCGAGAUUCUCCGCUCCAUGCGGUCGCUGGACUUCACUACACGGACACAGGUCACCAAGGAAGCCAUCAACCGACUCUAUGAGGCCGUUCCAGGCGUGAAAGGGACAUGGAAGAAAAAGGUUCCUAACAAAGCUCUCUUCUCCAUUCUUGGCAAGAGCAACCUCCACUUUGCUGGCCUCAGUAUUGUCAUCAACAUCUCCAUUGAUGGGCUAAACCUCAUGAUCCCAACAACCCGGCAAAUCAUCGCGAACCAUCAUAUGCAAUCCAUCUCCUUCGCUUCGGGGGGCGAUACGGACACAACCGACUAUGUAGCCUAUGUCGCCAAGGACCCCAUUAACCAGCGAGCAUGCCACAUCUUGGAGUGCUGCAACGGAUUGGCGCAGAGCGUCAUCAGCACCGUCGGGCAGGCCUUUGAGCUCCGCUUCAAGCAGUACCUUCACAGUCCUCCCAAAACCGUCACCCCACAAGAGAGGCCAAUGGGGAUGGACGAGGCCGGAUGGGGCGAAGAGGAGGAGGCCUCAGAGCACGACUACUACAACAGCAUCCCGGGCAAAGAGCCGCCUUUGGGAGGCUUGGUGGACUCCCGCCUCCAGCACAGUGCCUCGCUGGGCAACGUGCCCUUCUCCUACUCUGGCCAUUUCAGUCAGGUCGGCUCGCCCACCAGGAGAGAUCUGAGCAGCCAUGCGAACCUGAACUGGGAUGCCGACUCUCACGGGUUGAGCUCCGACGGCUACGUUGAAGCAGAUGGGAAGCCCCUGGGCUCCCAAGACUACGAAGACCACAUGUACGUCAACACCCAGAACUUGGACAACUGGGAAGCGGAUCCUGGGGGGGCCCGGCCGCUUGCCGAGAGCCCCCCCAAAGACCUCUUUGAUAUGAGGCCUUUCGAAGACGCUUUGAAGCUCCAUGCAUCCAUGUCGGCGUGUGGCCUGGUCAGCGGCCCACCGGUGGAGGACCAGUGGCCCAGCCCUCCGACCCGGAAGGCCCCCAUCGCCCCAACAGAGGAGCAGCUGAAGCAAGAGCCCUGGUACCAUGGCAAGAUGAGCCGGAAGGAUGCCGAGAAGCUGCUGCUAACCGACGGAGACUUCUUGGUGCGGGACAGCAUCACCAACCCUGGGCAAUACGUACUGACCGGGAUGCAUGGUGGGCAGCCCAAGCACUUGCUCCUGGUGGACCCCGAAGGAGUGGUGAGGACAAAGGACGCCUUGUUCGAAAGCAUCAGCCACCUGAUCAACUACCACCUGCAGAACGAACAGCCCAUAGUUGCGGCCGAAAGCGAGCUGCACCUGCGCCAGGUGGUGAAAUGGAAGCAGUGAAGACUCGGUAGGUACCUGCCCAUCUCAGCCACAAAAGGAAGUGGGAUUCCGGUGCCGAAACUGACGCUUGGCCCGUCAUUGAGUUUUGAGUCAAUCGCUUGCCUUUUUGAACAGAAGAGAGUGACGCGUCCAACGAGAUGGAGGAAAUGGUCCAGUUCUGAGAAAGCAAGGGCUUCCCUGAAGGUUUAUUAAUGGGACUUUCUAAACCAAUUUCAAGGAUUUCAGAAUGAACACGUUGGGUGGGAGAGACAUAGCAGGAACAAUAUAUAUCCCAGCUUUCCCUUUGUUCCUUGUUGCAAAGCUCCACAGCCGGUCCAUUAGCAGAGCCUGCUUUUCUGCUCUGCAGUGAAAGCUUGGCAGGGCUCUCUUGGCUAAUUCGGUUUGCCCGAAAGAAAAGCCGGCGAUGCGGGGAAGCUCACCGUAAUGCUUAUGACAUCUCAUUCACCUUUUCUGUGUAUGUGUGCAAAUUGUUGCUUGGAACAAAAACAGCUGGGGAACAAGGGCAAACCCGAUCCCACAGGCACCAUCUCAGUCAAUCAUUUUCUAUUAUUGAAAGGCUCUUAAAGAGUUGGUAACUCUUAAGGCGGAUAGGGGGCAUUCCCACCUUCGCCAGUAGGGGUCACUGUGGCACAAGCAGCGUUUCCCAGGAGUGUCGCACUUAACUGGGUGCAUCUACACUGUUGAAUGAAUGCAGUUUGACACUGCUUUAACAACCCUGGCUCAAUGCGAUGGAAUUGUGGGAUUUGUAGUGUGGCGAAGCACCACCUGAACACGCAAGGCCUUGGUAAACUCCCGGGAUUCUUCAACAUUGAGCCACGGCAGUUAAAGCAGUGUCAAACUGUAUUCAUUCUACAAUGGAAAUGCACCCUCUGAGCCUACCAAUCUCUAUCCAGUUUGCUGAUGGUCCUUCCCUCCCCAAAGGAAUAUCGGCAGCAUCCCUAACAUAUGUUAUGACCCAUGCUAUUAUAAUAUAACCCAAUUCCCCAAAGGAGCAGCCAAUGACUGUGAAGCAUUGCUGUUUUGAUCAUGUUUCUAAUUAAAUACGGAAAUGUU